AUGGACAAUUUACGGAACUUCGACUCUGACCUUUUCAGUCUCGUCCGCUCGUACGAAGGUACACGGUUCGUCGAGAACCUGGCCAUAGAGCGACUUGUAAAGAAUGCCGAUCACUUCGAGAUCAGUAAAAACACAAAAUUCGACCCAUGGAGCAACCCAACGCCAGCUCUGAUCUUCAUCCUCGACGGCCAAGUCAACGUUACCAUUUCCGAUAGUAUACCCACGAUACCCAACCACUCAUCUUUACAAUCAGAAUGUCAAGCUGUUUCCAAGUCCCUCAAAAGAGGCGCCUGUCUCAACUCCACCUCCCAAAUCCUCGAUAUGCUCUCGAAACAGGACAUCAGUGCACAGAUCAACCCGAGAUUUGGAGAAGCACGAGUUCUUUACGAAGCAGCGACGGACUUGAAGCUUGGGAGAAUACAUCUGCGACAGUCGCGAACCAUUCCCGAAGAUCUGCGAUCUCCCAUGGUCCAAGCAUUACUACAGAAGCUAUUCCUUGUCACUUUCCCCGUCACUGAAACCCAUUUCGGCUUGUCGAGUCAGGUGUUACAAUGCGAGAUGAAGAUGACCUCCCUAACCAGUGAUUCAACCCUCCAAAAUCCGUUCGGCGACACACCCUCACUUUUUAAUUACGACGACAUUCCUGAAUCUCCUUAUAGCCCGCUGAAUGAUGGCUUCGCAGCCAUAUACGAUGCAAAGACAACACGACGUCGUGCACCGUCGAAUUUAUCUGCAUCGUCUACUUCAAGACCACAAUCGAUGUUGGGAGCCGAUCUAUAUAAAGAAGCAGGGCUUCCUCUUCCUAAGAGCCGCAGCAAUCCGAACCUAAAAUUGACGAUCAAUACUGAAAAGCAUCUAAGCACUUCUAGUGACGAUGGCACUCUCGGUGUAUUUAAAUCGCAGUCCAUCCUUUCCAAGACAGAACGAAAGCGCCAAAGUAUCCCACAAUUUAAGGAACGAACACCUGAUACCAGACGGAUAAGGGCGCAUGCUGCACAAAGGGUUAUCAGUAUGCUCAUGCAUCCCAAAGGUCUCAAUGUUCGGAGUAGUGAUGCGAUAGAUCCGGCGAUCAUGGACGAGAUUGAAGCCAACAUUGAGAUACUUUCUUUUGGCCAAGGAGAAUAUGUCGCGCAUCAUGGAGAGCGAUAUCCUGGUGUUUGUCUGGUGAUAGACGGUGCUUUGGAGGCAUGCAAUGGAGAGAAGAAAAGUGAAAAUUUUGCAAAGGUACCGAUGUUAAAGAUUAACCCAGGAGACAUAAUCGGACACAGCAGCUUGGUCCAAAAUAAUAAGUCCCAAUUUGACUUCAGAGUCAUAACAAAGUCAACAAUUGGCCUAUUGCCAAGAACCUUCCUCCGACGGCUAACCGACCUAUGCCCCCAAAUGCUGGUGGUGCUAGCCGCCAAGAUGCAUGAUCUUCUGCCCCCUCUGAUCUCACUAAUAGACUUUGCACUCGACUGGUUGACCAUCAAAGCUGGAGGAGAAAUUUACAAAAAGGGAGACGUCAGUGAUUGCAUCUCUCUCGUUGUUAAAGGACGUAUUCGUAUUAGUGAAGAGAGCACAACUGCUGGAGAGACUCACAUCAAGGAGUACGGACCAGGGAAUGCUUUUGGCGUCCUUGAGUUCCACACAAGCUGUCCAAGGCCAUCCGCAGCUUACGCAAUCCGAAAAUCCGAGAUAGCACAGUUGCAAAAGUCAGCUUACCAGAAACUCAUCAACUAUGCACCCGAUCUAGGAACCAAAUUAUGGAGCAGUGUCGCUCAAACACAGCGCACUGGCCAGACUCAACCAAGUACGAUGGCAUCAGACCCUAAUCGCCUUCGGACUAUCGCUGUAUUCCCACUCUCUGCUGAAGUCCCAGCUGCAAAGUGCGCAACACUUCUAUCUUCCGCUUUAGUGACGCUCGGUAUUUAUGAAAAGGAAAGCGUGUCGUUUGUGGAGUCUCAUAGUGUGAUCAGCGCCAUAGGAGAUUCUGUCUUCACUGAUGCUGGAAAUAAGUAUCUGGAAGAUUACAUCGCCCAUGUAGAGCAAAAUUCCAAUUUGUCAAUACUUGUUGGAGAGACUUCGGUUGACUCAACAUGGAACGACAUUUGUAUUUCGACAGCCGAUAUGAUUAUUCUCAUGGCCAUGGACGAUGCGGAUCCAAGAAUCACAAGGGUUGAACUGAAGCUGGAAAGACAUGGGACACUGGCCCAGAAGGUUCUUGUUCUUGUGGAUGAUGGAGAAGAUGAGUUUUGCCCUCAGGCUAUCACAAGACCGUACAUACAAGAGCGGCCGUGGCUUUCAGCUCCCACCUCCCAUAUUGAAAGAGUCCGUCUCGCCAAUGUUGACUCGUCUCGUGAUUUCGAGCGUCUGGCACGUCGCAUAACUGGACGCUCAAUCGCGGUCGUAUUCGGCGGUGGUGGCGCUCGCGGAUUCGCCCAUCUGGGUACUCUACAAGCUCUCGAAGAAGAAGGCAUACCCUUUGACAUUGUAGGCGGGACGUCUAUGGGCGCUUUCAUCGGUGCUCUAUACGCAAGCCACAUGUCUAUUGAUCGCACAGUAGAAGCUGCCAGGAACUUCAGCAAGGUGUCGCGUUGGUAUAGAUAUCUCUUGGAUUUCACAAUGCCCGUUUUGGCAUGGACAUCUGGUACUAUGUUUACCAGCCACGUAUCUUCGGCCAUGGACCAAGACCUAGAUUCCAGUGAUCUAAGGUUGGCGUUUUAUUGUAAUGCGACAAACAUGAGUCAAGGUGGUCGAGGUCAAACAAUGUAUCCUCAAGCACAUUCUCUUUGGCAGAUGGUUCGAGCCUCUAUGAGUAUUCCGCCCAUCUUUCCUCCAUUCGCUGUGGAAGGAGAAGGCGAUAUCCUGGUCGACGGGUGCUUUUCGGCCAACGUUCCUGUCUUCCCGGCUCUUUCGCUGGGUGCGGAGAUUGUUCUGGCUUUUGAUGUCUCCAACACAGCUGGCGCGCCGCCACCACAAACACUAGGCCAAUCAGUGUCAGGAUGGUGGAAUUUUGCGCAAAUGAUCUUCCCUUGCACGAGUUCACGGAAGCCACACAGAAACUCGCCUCAUGGGGCGGUAGGGUCUGAUGGGGACGUCUGGGGUUCGCUGCAGCUGCUCGAACUUAUAACGUUUUCCACCAACACGAAUGAGAUCAAGGCCAUACAAAACACGCCAGAGUGUUUGUAUAUGCUUCAUGAUUUGGACAAGACUGGGACAUUUGAUAUGGAAAAGUUUGACGAUAUACGUGAGAUGGGAUAUGAAGGUGCGAAGAAUUGGUUGCGGGAUCUCAAGACAUCUGGCAAACUGGAUCAUCUCGCUUUACCGAGAGGUAUCAAAAAUGAAGGAGGGUAG